AUGCCGCAGCUCGGAGGGCGUGGAGGGCGGGCGCUGGAGGCGGAGGCGCUGGAGGCGGAGGCGCUGGAGGCGGAGGCGCUGGAGGCGGAGGCGCUGGAGGCGGAGGCGCUGGAGGCGGAGGCGCUGGAGGCGGAGGCGCUGGAGGCGGAGGCGCUGGAGGCGGAGGCGCUGGAGGCGGAGGCGCUGGAGGCGGAGGCGCUGGAGGCGGAGGCGCUGGAGGCGGAGGCGCUGGAGGCGGAGGCGCUGGAGGCGGAGGCGCUGGAGGCGGAGGCGCUGGAGGCGGAGGCGCUGGAGGCGGAGGCGCUGGAGGCGCGGAGGGCGGCGGAGGGCGGCGAGGGGGAGCUCUUGCUGCCGUCGACGUCGACCGGCGUCGGCUGCUCCGAGGCGGGCGGCAGCGGCGUGCAGUGGAAGCUGUGGUUGCACAGCCUCAUGUUGACCAGCGAGGAGCAGUACGGGUGCGCCUGCUCACGGGUGACUGGCUACACCGCGGCCCAGAUCGAGCACUUCGCCCCCCUCUUGGAGAAGCACUUCGGCAACAUGGUCUCCAUCCAGGAGGGAUACCACUCCUUCCUGGGCACGAAGUCGGACGAGAAGGACGGCUCGAUCCUCUUCAAGGUGAAGAACGAGAACCUCGUCUGCAACCUCCCGGUCCUGCCCAACGUCUACGCGAGCGGCGAUGUCGGCGGACCCCUCCGCCUCGACGUCGGGUGCGUCAAGGUCCUCGGCAACAAACUCUGCCCCUCCUGCCGCGCAUUUGGGUUGACCAACGCCGACAUCAUCCACGACGCGCAGUGCGCCGCGCAGGCGCUCAAGGAGAGGCGCGCCGCAGCGGCGAACGUCGCCAAGAAGAAGACCUUCGAGAGCCUCAUCGUCGACAACAAGGUCGAGGUCGCGCGCGCGGCGGGCAAGGCCAAGGCGAUGGCGGCGCGCGACGGGAUCGGCUUCUGCCCGGCCUUCAACCAGACCGCCCUCCCGUGCAAGACCGCCGCUCGCUGCCGCUACGCGCCGUGCGUCAACUUCGAGGCGCUCCUCCACUCCGCCUUCAAGGACACUAUCUACGAGCGCAUGCCGAGCGCGGUCAGGCUGGGCACAAGCCGCGGGCGGCGCGGGCGCGGCGGCCGCGGCCGCGGCGGCGGCGGCGGCGAGGUCAAGAGCAACAAGAAGGACUGGGCGAGCGUCGCCCGCGGAGCCGCCCGCUCCCCCUACGACGGCGGCCCACUCCUCGAGUCCAACGAGCCCUCGCUAUACGGGGGGAGCGACGAGGAGCUCUAG